AUGUUGCCUGAGGGAAGAAAGCAUUGUCAAGGUUUACCCCCUGACGUCCUUAGCAACCUUCCUGAUAAUGUAAUCGAUGUCAUUCUGAUGUGUUUGCCUUGUAAAGAUGGUGUGCGGACAAGCGAAUUAUCGAAGAAAUGGAGGUAUCACUGGUGUAGACUUGCAAAGUUUGAGCUUUAUGAAUCUCUUUGGAGAACACAAAAGGAUCGACUUUACCCUACAGUUAGAUUUGCGAAGAUUGCGUACCAGCUUUUGACCCAUCAUGAAGGACCGAUUACUAAGUUUAAGCUUAACAUUACUCAUCGUUAUCUGAAAGAAUGUCCUGAGAUUGACAAUUUCAUAUAUUUCCUGUCUAGGAAAGGCAUUCAACAUCUUUUCGUGCUGAAAAUCUCGGAAAGUUUAAACAUAAUUGAAAUUAAUGCUCCAAUGCUGAGAUCCUUUGAUUUCACGGGUAGUAUAAGUUCUAUCUGUCUAAAGAGUGUCCCUCUUAUGGCAAAAGCAUCUCUAAUGCAUGAGGGUUCUUAUAUGGAGGCACAUAAUUUUGAUUAUGCCAAGUUUUUCGAGUCAUGUUCUGCUCUUGAGCACCUCCUCUUAAACUUCGGUCAUAGCAAGGUAUAA